AUGAGGGCUUCGAAGCUCUUACCCAGCUCCUCCAUAACCAGAACGCAGGUCAAUGGCGCAUGUUUUCGGUGUCAAUUAGCUUGCACGGCAUCGCUACGUCCUAUACUCACUCGUCCAUACCAUUAUAACUCUACAAGGCGGAAGCAAUCAACCUGGGCGCAGGCGGUAUCUGUGGCGUCCAAUGUAUUUUCAAAUGCUACCACCCGGGCGACAGGAGGGGCCGAUUCGAUAGACCCUUUACGAAUGGUUGCGAAAGAGAUGAAGUUUCUGACUGGCAACAUACGGCAACUCCUUGGAUCUGGACAUCCUUCUCUCGACACUGUUGCGAAAUACUAUACACAAGCUGAAGGCAAGCAUGUACGACCUAUGAUUGUACUACUAAUGUCUAGAGCUACAGCCUUAGCGCCCAAAUCUCCUCGAUAUAAUCCCAAUCAAGAAAUUGCAGAUAUAGACAACCCAAUAUCGCCGACUACCAUUCUUUCGGAUGUAAAUCCUACCGCACCUACAUUAAACCCUUUGGCACAUGUGCCAGAACAUAUUCUCUUGGCUGGGGAUUUUUUGUUGAGCCGAGCCUCAGUAGCUCUUGCACGUCUGCGUGAUGCGGAAGUCACCGAAUUAUUGGCGACAGUCAUUGCGAACCUUGUCGAGGGAGAAUUCAUGCAAUUGAAGAACACCGCGCAAGACGAAAAGAAUCCUGUUUGGACUGAAGAGACGAUCUCUUACUACCUACAAAAGACAUACCUGAAAAGCGCAAGCUUAAUUUCAAAGUCAUGCCGGGCAGCGGCUUUACUCGGAGGAUCAGAUGGUGUUACUGUUGAUGCAGCGUAUGAUUAUGGUAAGAACCUGGGAUUGGCAUUCCAGCUUGUUGAUGAUAUGUUGGAUUAUACAAUCAGCGAGAAAGAACUGGGAAAGCCGGCAGGAGCCGACUUGGAAUUGGGUCUUGCGACUGCCCCAUUGAUAUUUGCAUGGAAGAAUAACAAAGAGCUGGGCUCCCUAGUGGGAAGGAAGUUCUCUCAGGAAGGAGAUGUGUUGCGGGCAAGGGAAUUAGUGCUACAAAGCGAUGGCUUAGAGCAAACUCGUGCCUUGGCUGAAGAAUAUGCGAGCAGGGCAAUUUCUGCCAUCAGUGCAUUCCCCGACAGCGAGGCCAAGGAUGGCCUGAUAGAAAUGGCGGAUAAGACCUUGAAACGAAGGAAAUGA